AUGGCGGCGGGGGUAGCAGCGUGGCUGCCCUUUGCAAGGGCAGCGGCCAUUGGGUGGAUGCCUGUGGCCUCGGGGCCCAUGCCAGCUCCCCCAAGGCAGGAGAGGAAAAGGACUCAGGAUGCCCUAAUUGUGCUGAAUGUGAGUGGCACCCGUUUCCAGACAUGGCAGGACACUCUGGAACGUUACCCAGACACUCUGCUGGGCAGUUCUGAGAGGGACUUUUUCUACCAUCCAGAGACUCAGCAGUAUUUUUUUGACCGUGACCCAGACAUCUUCCGCCACAUCCUGAAUUUCUACCGCACUGGGAAGCUCCACUAUCCUCGCCAUGAAUGCAUCUCAGCUUAUGAUGAAGAAUUGGCCUUCUUUGGCCUCAUCCCAGAAAUUAUUGGCGACUGCUGUUACGAGGAGUACAAGGAUCGGAGGCGAGAGAACGCGGAGCGUCUUCAAGAUGAUGCUGACACCGACAACACCGGAGAGAGCACGCUGCCCACUAUGACGGCUCGGCAGAGGGUCUGGCGGGCGUUUGAGAACCCCCACACCAGCACGAUGGCCCUGGUGUUCUACUAUGUCACAGGGUUCUUCAUUGCUGUGUCCGUCAUCGCUAAUGUGGUAGAAACAGUGCCGUGUGGGUCUAGUCCCGGUCACAUUAAAGAACUGCCCUGUGGGGAACGGUAUGCGGUGGCCUUCUUCUGCCUGGAUACAGCCUGCGUCAUGAUCUUCACGGUUGAGUACUUGCUUCGCCUGGCGGCAGCACCCAGUCGUUACCGUUUUGUGCGUAGCGUCAUGAGUAUCAUCGACGUGGUGGCCAUCCUGCCUUAUUACAUCGGGCUGGUGAUGACGGACAAUGAGGAUGUCAGUGGCGCCUUUGUCACACUCCGAGUCUUCCGGGUCUUCCGGAUCUUUAAGUUUUCCCGCCACUCUCAAGGCCUGCGCAUCCUGGGGUACACGCUGAAGAGCUGUGCCUCGGAAUUGGGCUUCUUGCUCUUCUCUCUCACCAUGGCUAUCAUCAUCUUCGCUACAGUUAUGUUCUACGCAGAGAAGGGGUCUUCGGCCAGCAAGUUCACCAGCAUCCCUGCUGCCUUCUGGUACACCAUCGUCACCAUGACAACACUAGGGUAUGGUGACAUGGUACCAAAAACCAUAGCAGGGAAGAUUUUUGGUUCCAUCUGUUCGCUGAGCGGGGUCUUGGUCAUUGCUUUACCUGUCCCAGUGAUUGUAUCCAACUUCAGUCGGAUCUACCACCAGAAUCAACGAGCAGACAAACGGAGAGCACAAAAGAAAGCCAGACUGGCCAGAAUCCGGGCAGCCAAAAGCGGAAGUGCAAACGCUUACAUGCAGAGCAAACGGAACGGCCUACUCAGUAACCAGCUACAGUCCUCUGAGGAUGAGCAGGCCUUUGUUAGCAAAUCCGGCUCCAGCUUUGAAACCCAGCACCACCACCUGCUUCACUGCCUGGAAAAAACCACGAAUCACGAGUUUGUGGAUGAACAAGUCUUUGAAGAAAGCUGCAUGGAAGUCGCCACAGUUAAUCGUCCUUCAAGUCACAGCCCCUCUCUCUCUUCACAACAAGGAGUCACCAGCACUUGCUGUUCAAGACGACACAAAAAAUCUUUCCGCAUUCCAAAUGCCAAUGUAUCAGGAAGCCACCGAGGCAGCGUGCAGGAACUCAGCACGAUUCAGAUUAGAUGUGUGGAGAGAACCCCGCUGUCUAACAGCCGAUCCAGUUUAAAUGCCAAAAUGGAAGAGUGCGUUAAACUAAACUGUGAACAACCUUAUGUGACUACAGCAAUAAUAAGCAUCCCAACACCUCCAGUAACCACCCCUGAAGGCGAUGACAGGCCAGAAUCUCCGGAGUACUCAGGAGGCAAUAUUGUCAGAGUGUCAGCUUUGUAAGACAGUGGGAAUCAGGUCUAAGAAUUUGAACCCUGGCUGUGCAAAGAAUCCCAACGUGGAAGAAAGAAGAAACCAGAAACGUGUUGCAGACAAAAACGACAGAGAAAGAAGGUUGGUAGUGAGACAGAAACAAAACUUCCAGACUUGAGGAUGGAAACAAAACCACCAAAUGGCAUUUCUAGACAGAGUUGGACCUAUUAUACAGAGAAAUAAUCUGUGGUCCUUUGACUUUGUGAAUGAGCACAAUGAAAUGCCGCCUAUUGAUGCUUCUUAUGAUCAGAACUCUUUUUUUAAUACAAAAAAUAAAAUGAAUCUUUGAACAGAAGGUUCCAGUUGAAUGCAAAACAAACAAAAAAAAAUACGGAAAACAUUUUGAUAAAAAUUUUUCCUGUUAAAACCAUAAACAUUGGCUAUGGUGAAGAUUAUUACAUACUAAAAAAAAAAAAACAAAAAAAAAACAAAAAACAAAAAAUUCAUAUGACACAUUUGUAUUAACUGAAGGAAACCAUCAUAGUGCAUGCUAGAAUUCUUUGGAGCCGUGAUCUCAGUUUCCUUAUGUUGUCUUCAGAAUAGGCAUGAUAAACUAUAAUUGUAGAAAGAGGGAAUUUCUGUGCACUUACAACAAGCUGAUUGUUCAUGUUCCAUGGUGGGCUGUGCAAAUAAACUCCUUUUAGAACUGCAGUAUUUCUCAUGGGGUUGCUCACUAGUAAUUCUAAAGUGUUCGGAUAGUUCAGUAUUAAUUAUUGUUUUACCUUGCACCUAGAUACUGUUACAACUGCAAUAAUUCAUUGUACACCUGUUGUAUCAGGAAUCAGGAUUUUUUGUUGUUGCUGUUUCUCCAGAUCUUCAUAGAUACAGUAAGAGCCACAGAAAAACUUCUGGUGUGGCCAGGUUUUAGAUAACUUUUUAAUCCAAAAUCCCUGUGCCAUAAAUGUUUUUCUGUAACCUUCUUUGGUCCACUGUAUUCCUGUGACAGUGCAUUAUUUGUUCUUGUAUUUCUAUAGCACCUUCCUUUUGGGUUUAUCAUCAUCAACUGAACUAAGGUUUUGUAGUUCAAAUGACUUUCCUACUUUUGUAUUCCCCAACAAAUUACCUUAUAAGUAGAUUAUCAUCAUCAAUCCCCUUGUCCAAAAUUAGAAAAAAAAGGAGUUGACAUCUAUGAAUUAUCUCUAACAUUUUUGCUCUUAUGGAAAAGCCCAGAUACUGGAUAUAUCACUGUGUGUUUCAUGAAAAGAAUGGACUGGGACUAAUAUCACAGGAUCAGUGAUCCCAGAAUCUCACUUGAUAUUUAUUUUGCUUUAGAUCUCGAAUACAUUUUGAGGAUAACUAAUGAGAAUUGAAAUUCAGAUAUAGACUGAAGUGCUUUCCGUAGCAAUAUUUGAUGAAAGCACGCUUUCUACACUGUUGGCGAAGGCAGCACAAAUUUGUCUUAGAAAAGUUCCUGUAUAUUACAAGGAGCAGUUUUCUCCUCUAAAUCAGGAGGACAGGCAUUUGAUGAUGCAAAAUUGAUCUCUAUGUACAUUUAAGUGAAAAGUCUUGAUAUCUUUUCGCCUUUAAAAUAUAUCAGCAGACAUGUCUGCACGUGAUAGUGUAAAAAAGUUUUAUGUCAAAUGAAAAGCUUUGUUCAUUCCAGACCACCACUGUAAGGAAUAAAAUUUAGCUUCGGUACAUGAAAAGAGUUAAUAAUUAUCCCUCUACUAUAGAGAUUUUAAAAUGCUUAUCAUAAUUUAUCAUAAAAAGGAAUUAAUCCAACCAUUUUCAAGUAAAGCCAGAAAUUCUUGCUUCCCAUUUCUAGAAUAGCUUCUAGAACAAUGCUGUGCAUACAGUAGAUUUAUAAACACUUGCUGAAUAAAAAAUAAAAUCUAUUAUCUAUUGGGAAGAACUGGCUUUAUUCCUAGUAUGUGUUUUUAAAAGUUACUAAUCUUCCUAAAGUGCAAAUAUUAACAAUUAUAUUAACACCUGCCUCAUGUCACUUUAUGCUUCUAGAGCAAAUAUAUAGUGAAACUUCUUUGAUGGCACUUGUUGAAAAACAUUUUUAAAAGUAAGCUAAAAAAAAAAAAAACCACAAUCAGGAAUACUUAGGUCUUUUGAAUCCCAAUGAAAAGUUCUAUUUUCAUGUUCUUAAUAUUACAUUUUAAAAAUGCAGUUAGAUUAUUCAGUUGACAAUUCUGCCUCCUUUUCAACUUAUCAUUUAUCCAAAACCAUUCAUUUCUUUAGACUUUUGGAAAAGGAAAAAAAAAACCUUUUUGGUGUUUUCAGUGAUUUAAAACUAUACUGUGUUGGUGGUGAAUGACUAUUGAUGACUGUGUUAAGUGCAUCUGUAUUGUAAGUGAAAUGUAAUUAUUUCUGUGUACCAUAUGGAGUAACCAAGGUCAUUGUUUUUGACAAUUUUGUUUGAAAUUCAUAUAUCUUAUUUCAAAGGAUAGCAUAAUAUCUGCAUUAUGCUGGAAAAAAAAUAGACGUUUGGAGAAUACUUAAAUAAAACAUGUGCAUGCU